AUGACUUCGUUCAUUGCAAUGACAAUCUUACCGACUAAUUCAACCGACUUAAAUGAUGACUCAUCGAAUAAAACUUCAAUUUACGGUUCAAUAGAACACUUCCUUUCGUUACGAUACGAUUUAUCCAACAAAAAGAUACGAUCAAAACGAGUGAAAUCUUUUUAUCAACGUCAAAAUGCUAUUAUUGACAAAUAUGUCGAUGUUCUUAACAAUAACGAGCAAGGUAUCGAUCAAACAACUAUUAAACUUAAAAAACAUGUGCAAAUUCUUACCGUUCUUUCAUUGGCUAUUAAUAUCUCUUUAUUUCUUAUUAAAAUUUUGGCUUCAAUUCUAUCGAAUUCCUUAUCAAUUAUUUCAAGUGCAAUCGAUUCAGCAGUUGAUAUUGUUUCAAGUGUAAUUCUAUUUUGGACAGCACGUGCUAUAAGACAUCGAAAUCAGUAUCGAUAUCCGGCUGGACGAACUCGGAUUGAGCCUAUUGCUAUUUUAAUACUUUCCGUUCUAAUGUCUUCAGCAUCAAUACAAGUAAUCUCGGAAGCUGCCAAACGUUUGCUUGUUUAUAUUCGAUAUAUGACAAAUCAUUCGAAUGAAAUGCCUGAAGUUACUAUGAAUAUUAAACAACCCAUUCCGAUCAUUGUUAUGUGUUUGACUAUCGUACUGAAAAUCAUCUUGUAUUUUUCCUGUCGGCAUGUGCCUGUCGACACAAUUAAAGCCUUGGCACAAGAUCAUCGUAAUGAUGUAUUAUCAAAUAUUGUAGCACUUAUUUCUGGCCUUUUGGCUGGUCAAGCGGCCUUACGACAAAUCGAUAUACGUUUUAUUGUAAUAGAUCCAAUCGGAGCUAUUGUCAUUUCUAUUUAUAUUAUCAUUUCAUGGGUUCUUCAAGCUGCUGGUAAACUAUUAGAAUAUUCAUUAGAAUUUGCCAAUCUUUUACUCUAUCUAGUACAUAUUCGUAAUUUAACCGGUGUUACUGCUGAUCCAGAUUUCCUUAACUUAAUAACAUGGAUUGUAAUUAAUUUUUCACCACAUCUUACUAAAAUCGAUACGGUGAAAGCAUUCCAUUUCGGUACUGAUCUUCAUGUUGAAGUCGAUAUUGGCUUGCCAGGUGAUAUGCGAAUUCAACAAGCACAUGAUAUCGGUGCCAAUUUACAAAGAAAACUUGAAUCAUUAUCCGAGAUUGAACGUGCUUUUGUUCACAUCGAUUAUGAAUUCAAUCACAAAGCUGAUGAGCAUAAACAAAUCUAA